AUGACCUCAUCCGCCUCGUGGAUUCGGUUCAACAAAUGCAACUUAAAACGAUAUCGGUACCUCACCACGGACAACUGGAUAUGGUCUGCAGUGGCCCUUGUGCUGCUUCCUAUCCACUUGCUUCUCCGCCCAACCAUUUGGUAUCGCACCUUCGGCAAUUGCCACCCCGUGCGCGUUAUUCUAAAGAUCGCGGGAACCGUGUUUUUGGUGGCCGCGGUGGCCGCGGGGGUCGCUGUGAUUGUGGCCUCUGUAUUACCGGCGCACCCGAUUCACAUCCAACAUCACUCCCUAAUUCAAGCCAUCUGCAUUUACACACCGUUUUUACUUGAUGUUUUUUCUACCGGUAUUUAUCAUAGGGGGACGCCAGUCGAAAUGAAAUGGCGAAUCCCACUACUUUCACUGGAUGCACUUGUCUCUCUUGGUUUUUACCCCGCCUUGCUGGUCCUUCUCAACAUUCGACCUGAUCUUUUCGACCAAAGGACUACCGCCAUCGUCACAGCCGUUAUUGGCCUGAUCCACGGCAUCCUAGUGACAUUAUUAAUUUGUACUGAACGACGGCGGCCUAAGAUCUUAAGGGAUCUGGGAUGGCCGCACCGGAGCUGGCGAAGCUUCCCGUGGUUUUACUGUGGAAUAAUAGACAUCCUGUGUCUGCUGCUGUCCUUGAUUCUCGCGCUCAAGACUUUGGAAUGGACAAGACUUCCAGUUCUGAUUUAUUACGUAAUCAAAUGUAUGAUAUUAAAAUUUAAUUAA